UACAUCACUAAUCUCCAUCGUGAUUGGCUGUAUUGCAACCCAUCCGCCUGCCGUGCAGCAUCCACAGCAGCGCCGUUCCAAAUCAACCUCAUCACCACCGUUACCUCACGUUUCAUUGAAUUUCAAAAAACGUUCGCGUGGGUGUGCGCGUUUUCUUUCUCUUGCACUGGCGGCUCGUUUCGAGGAUGGCUGAGAGCGAGGCAGACACGCCAAGCACGCCGAUUGAGUUUGAUAGCAAAUACUUCGAGUUUGAUGGAGUGCGGCUGCCACCCUUCUGCAGAGGGAAGAUGGAGGAGAUCGCCAACUUCUCACUCAGAAGUAGCGACAUAUGGAUAGUCACCUACCCAAAGUCAGGCACUAGUCUACUUCAGGAGGUUGUGUAUCUAGUGAGUCAGGGAGCAGACCCAGAUGAGAUCGGCCUUAUGAACAUCGAUGAACAGCUGCCUGUCUUAGAGUACCCCCAACCGGGGCUGGACAUCAUACAGGAGCUGACGUCCCCUCGUCUGAUCAAAAGCCAUCUUCCCUAUCGAUUCCUCCCCACGGCCAUGCACAACGGAGAGGCCAAGGUGAUCUACAUGGCUCGUAACCCUAAGGACCUGGUGGUGUCUUACUACCAGUUCCACCGCUCUCUCAGGACCAUGAGCUACCGGGGAACCUUCCAGGAGUUCUGCCGGCGCUUCAUGCAUGACAAGCUGGGAUAUGGUUCCUGGUUUGAACAUGUUCAGGAAUUUUGGGAACACCGUAAUGACUCUAAUGUCCUCUUCUUGAAAUAUGAAGACAUGUACAAGGAUCUGGGGACGUUGGUGGAACAGUUGGCCCGGUUCCUAGGUGUUUCCUGUGACAAGGCUCAGCUGGAGGGCAUGGUGGAGAGCUGCAACCAGCUUAUUGAGCAGUGCUGCAACUCAGAGGCGCUGUCCAUCUGCAGGGUGCAUGGAAGUCUGGUGUCAGAUGUGAAAUAGGCUUAACACACAGCUGUCAGUCUGAUCCAUCUUACACACGCCACAGCAGGUCGGGCAGGUCUGUGGAAGGAUGUCUUCACAGUGUCCAUGAAUGAAAACUUUGACGCUGUGUACAGACAGAAGAUGGGCAAGUCCGACCUGACCUUUGACUUCUGCCUGUGAGGAUUACUUGACGCCACUCUCUACCAUCACGGAUCUGCUCCAAUACAGUUGACCAAACCCACGCUCCUACUGUACGCCUCCAUUCAGUCAAUAUGUCUGAAGUCCAAUGGUACAGUCUGACAGUGGGAAUACAUAAGACUUUUCCCAGAAUGCAACAUGUCUCAAGUCAACAUCAAAAUUCCACCGUUGUGGACUGAUCAAAAUCAAUCCAUAUUUAUUGGGAAUUCAUUGAAAUUUCUCAGUCAAUAGUUAAACCAAACCUCCCUCAACCCCUACCUCCACAGCAUGCUCCCACUGCUGUGUAUGUAUAUGUGUAUAUAGUAACCAGGGUUUAAGUGAUACAUGUUUUUUGAAGG